AUGCUCCUCCAGUACCUCGCGGUCAUGGACCUGCCGCCUAAGCUUUGUGUCGGCUACCCCUGGAGCGAUCCAUCGGACAAAAUACUUUACAAUGCGUCACUGUGGCUCUACUUACCAAACUACGAGAGGCCUCCGGACUCGAGCAAGAUCCUCGUGGAGCAUCUUCAACUGACGGUAGCGGCCUGCCAGCUCUUCGCGUUUUCGCAAGAACGCUCCCAGAUCAUAUCCCACUACGGAGGUUCUAACGCAGAGAUCCACGACAAGCAUGGACGUUUCAUAGGAAGCUCACCCAACCCCGUCCCGGACUUCGUCACCUACGCCAAGUCGUACUUGUCAGUUGUCCAGUCCGGUCUGUUUUUCUCCUCCUAUUGGAUGACGUUGGCGGUGAUGUUUCUGGCAGGCACUAGUCGAGUCUCCAUUUUUGCCAUGGGCUAUGUCUUGGGAUGUUUCGCCUUCCUUUGGAGUGGGGACGAUUUUUUCCUGAGGCCUAUGAAUACAUUGCUCAAGAACUGGAACUUGCUGCUGACGUACAAUGUUGCGGUCAUCUUCCUCAAGAACGUGGUCCAGGUCGCAGGAUGCAUCUUCCAGGACUAUUUCCUCAAGUACUCCUGCUGGAUGGUUCAUCUGCUCGGUAUAGUGUGUUUGAACAGUGACCAUCAUGCGGAUCAGCCAAGCGGGGCAUCAAACGCCAUCCGGUCUGGGGACUACUGUAUGUUCGACGAGCCCACAGAGGUGAACGUAGACAUGGAAACUACGGACGGUAAAGGACGCCGAAUGAGGGAAGAGGACGAGGAUGUUGAAGCCCUUGGCAUAACUGCGUUCCUCACUACCGUAAUCAAGACCGGUAAUUUGCGUCGUGACCCCAGGGAGCUUUCACGGUACGGAUUGAAUGCAACACAAAAACCUACUACAAACAACGAGGACUCACGGGGAUCAAAGGAAGCACAUCUGCUAGUGCCAAGACCAGAAACAGCAAAGACAGAGCCCGCCACCAGGACAAACUUAAAGCCACAAGUUUCGAAGCCAACCUCUUCAGCAGAGAUCACUGAGCGCUCUCCAGCUGACUCCAGAAAAGAAACCACGGAAGAACAUCUGUCACGGCCGCUUCCAGGUCACGUAGCCUUCGUCAUGGCCUUUAUCGACAGCGUGCUCGUCACUUGCACAGCCAUGCUGAAUGACGUCUCACGAGAUUACCGCUACGUUGCCAGGCGCUUAGCGGAGGAGAAGCGUCUGAACAAAAUGCAGAGCUUUGCCAUGCUGACACCAGGUGCCAAGGAGCUGCCUGAACAAAAUAUAGGUGCAAUUACUGGUGCCCAGGAAUGUGGAAUUUCCAGUUCCGCUGUGCUUCAUCCCAGCGACAUCUAUAAAAGAGUUGGCAAUUACACAGAACAGUUCAGAGCAUUCUUCAGGGAUCUGCUUCACCCGGCGUACCGGUUAACGACUGACGUAUAUGCCUACAUGUUCAUGUGUGACUUCAUCAACUUCUUCAUUUAUUUUUUCGGUUACUGGACGUUCACUGAAGAUAGCACAGCAAGGACCGACAAUGUCACAGAAUACGUCAUCAAGAAGCAGAUUCCUGUGCUCUUCGUGAUGGUGCUGCUAGCACAGUUCUCGUUGAUUAUUGUGGAUCGGGCCUUGUAUCUGCGCAAGUACGUCGUCGGGAAGCUCGUUCUCCAGAUCUUCAUUGUCCUCGUCGUCCAUGUGUGGAUAUUCUUCGUAGUUCCUGCCUCUACCCGUCGUGCAUUUGCGGACGAUCCCAGCCUGCCUCCCAAACUGUGGUACUGCAUAAAGUGCGUCUACAUCUUGCUGUCGGCGUACCAGAUUCGGUCGGGCUAUCCCUGGCGUGUCUUUGGGAACCUGUUUUGUAAAAAAUACAACUACGUCAACUAUAUUUCCCUGAAAGGGUACAUGUUGGUGCCGUUCCUUUACGAGCUACGCGCUCUCAUGGAUUGGUUGUGGACGGAUACAACCUUGAGCUUCAGUUACUGGCUCAAGAUGGAGGACAUAUUCUCCAAAAUCUUCUUUGUGAAGUGUGUGCGACGCGCAGAAGAGGACUACCCAACACCACGAGGGGAAAACCGUGAUUCGCUGACGAAGUACUGCCUGGGUGGCAUCCUCCUGUUCGCUAUUAUGCUAGUGAUAUGGUAUCCACUUACGCAGGCUAUACUGUAUGAUACCGUAGGUCAGUCGCUUUUGCCUUCUCAGUGUAAAAUCGAGAUACGCAUUGGAAACUAUGAGCCGCUCUUCAAGGCCAGCCUUCAGGAUGACGAUCUGCAACCCAUGUCCCAGGAUACCUGGCUGCGUAUGAAGAGCAAGUACAAGUCAAGACACGGCGCUCGGGCAUUCCUGAGUCGCUACGAUUCGCAAGACGUCGCUGUGGUGAGCAUCAAUGGCAAUGCCACAGGUUUCUGGACCAUCAGCCCUCCCGCUCGGAACAGACUGAUUGAAGAGCUUAACCUUUCGGCAACGGAGGUUCAUAUGAGCAUAAAGUGGGAGCUGACGCGUAUGAUAGCAGACGACAUCCCUGGCUUUCAAACAGAAAGCACCAAAAGCACCAUGCAAGUGGUACCACUGUUGGAUUCUACAUUGCGGCAAGAACUCGCACGUGCGAUUUCGGGAGAUGAAACGAGUGACGUUAUAUUGCGUGGUGUACUCCCGAGGUACCUCACGCUGUCGGAUGGUAAACUGGAAGUGGCAACCAUGUAUUAUCCAGAUCUCAAAUACCAGGAUGUAGCACUGCGUCUCCACUCCGGCACGUUCAAUAACAUGAGCACCCCCAGUGAGUGGUGGGAGCUCGAGAAACAGUGCAGCCCGCCAUUCCUGUCCAGCGAGCAAUAUUCAUGUCCCCACCUAAAAGUCAUCGUCUUCUGUGAAAAGGUGUACUCCAAGACAUCUGCCCACCAAGGGAUCAUAGGCAUUUACACAACGUUCGUGGUCCUGAUAUCACAGUUGCUGCGCGGUUUCUGGGCGACCUCUGCAUUUGACAUUAUGCUCGAUGAUGCACCUAACGUGGACAGAAUCUUACAGCUAUGCCACGACAUCUACCUUGUGAGGCAGAGCAGAGAACUACUUCUCGAAGAGGACCUGUUCGCCAAGCUUCUCUUCCUCUACCGCUCACCAGAGGCACUGCUAAAGUGGACACGACCUCUACCUGCUGCGCAUGAUGCUGUGUGAUAUACGACGUGUUACUGAGACUCGCUGGAUGAUUUAUCCUCAUCUACGGGUGACUUUGUGCAGUGCCAGGAAAACUACGCCGCUGAACACAUUGUUUUUGAAAGUAUUUUGCUAAUUCAUAUAUUGACUUUAGCGGGUGGUGUUCAUUGCGAAAGCGCCGACUGCAUUGCUCUGAACAUUUUCUAGAAACUAUUGCGCUUGUGCCAUAUGCUAAUGAUUGUAAAUUAAAUAGUGGAAUGAAUUGAUCCAGCGGUUUGGUGAUGCAAAUGAAAAUGAUGAGUACUUGUACAAAUGAGUGACUUGAUGACGGAAAGUUGAUGCAG